AUGCUGGCUGCCGGCCAGUCGCCUUCCGGUGCCGCAACAAAUGAGAGAAAUGUACAGUCUAAUGAUGCCACGACGCCUGCCAAUAAUACUCCUGGAUCUAGGAUAACUCCAUCUACAUUACCACUCACAUCUCAACCAUCGGGCACUGCCCUCGCACAGACUGCAGCCAUCUCUGAAGAAACUAUCGAGAUUGUGCCUGGCUUCUGUGUAUCAUUCUUAGAGGCAGACCAGAUACUGGAAGAUUACCGCUCGAAUAUGCUCUCGCAGUUUCCCUUCGUCCCAAUACCCUUUACCAAAUCACAGGACAUAUACCAUAGCCAACCCUUGCUGGUAAAGGCCAUCAUCUAUGCCUCUCGACCACAAAAUGCUCCCAUGACCGACAAGGUCAAUCGAUGGUUCCGAGAAUACUUUGCACACCAUAUUGUAGUACUCAAUGAGAAAAGCCUCGAAAUACUACAAGCUAUUCUCGUCUUCCUCGCAUGGCGCGAGGUCGAGUUCUUCAUCAAUGCAUACGACACAAGCUUGCUACAUCUUGCUUUAGGCCUUGUUGGAGAUUUGGGAAUGAACAGGUUUCCAGAAGACCAGACUAUACCUUCCUAUCCAGAGUCCAUUGCCGAUGCCGGUUUAACGACUGCGGUCAGAGGAUUCAAUGUGCGUGUCGUACACACUCAUGCUCACCGCCGAGCUAUGCUCGGACUGUUUUAUAUAACCUCAAAUAUCUGGACACUUUUUCGACGGACAGAGCCCCCCGGGUAUACAGAUUAUGCUGAAAAAUGCUGUCUGGAGUUGAAGCAGACCCCAGAAUACUCCUCAGAUCAACUUUUAACUGGAAUGGUCGACUUGCAACGCUUAGUGCUCCAAGCUUGCGUAUUGGGAUCAAAGAUGACAACUACCACUCGACAGGAGGUUCUGGAUACACCCCGUAAUAUGCUGGUUUCCAGUCAACAAAACUGGAUCGAGGAGACUUUUACCAAACUUCCACAAAACAUCAGGUUCAAUCAUGUCAUACGGAGUCACUACUACACAGCCCUCAUCCGUCUGCACGAGUCCACCAUCUACCUAAAGCCUUCAAACGCUCCCGACGGCCCGCUCACGAGGACCCAAUCUUUAUGGGCCUGUCUCGAAAACGCAAAUCUCCUGCUAACUUCGGCCCCGUCUACACCCGUCGACGUCUUUUCCAAAUCCCUCUUCUCAAUGACGGCCCACGUGGCCUUUGCGCACCUGACGCUCACGCGUCUGCUCUUUCUCAACGACGCGUGCUGGGAUGCGGCCGCAGCUAGAAAAUCUAUUGAUUAUCCCGGGCUGGUGGAGCGUUUGGCGGAUUACUUUGACACGGCGGACCGGGCACGGGGUGGGAGGCAGCAGACGGCGGUACAUGAACAUGCAGAGGCACAAUCGCAGCAUGGCAAGAAAACCCUCAGCCGGGCCGAAAGGUUGAGGUGGGCUAGGACUUGGUACUUGUCCAAAUCACCGAUCCACGAGACGGCAACAACGUCCAUGUUGGGAUCCGCCAUGAAUGAACCGCCUUCUACGGCUUAUCUGGAAGCUUGGGGCACAAGCGUCGCGUCUACAUAUUGGCAGACGCUGUUUGACACGGAUUUUGGAAUAUGA